AAUUCAGUACUUGAAGGCUUCAUUUCCUUCAUCUCCCUCUAUCAACUUCAUUGGUCACCUAUUUCAACAUAUAAUUAAUCAACGAAGUCCAUAGAUAUAUCAACUCUUUUUCCGAUCCGAUAAUAGCUGAACUGCUUUAAUUAUUUCAAUUUCAUCGGAAAAGCAUGAACAUGAUCUCCCCCUUUUCUCUCUUCUUCCUUUUACUUGUUGCUGCCUUUUGCUUUUCCUCUCAAGCUUUUGGAGCUACCCAACUGCCAGAAAAUGAAGUGGAAGCUCUGCAAAGCAUAGCAAAGACACUUGGGAUCAAGAAUUGGAAUCCUAGCGCUGAUGAAUGCAAUAAGCUGGUGGGACAAAAUAAUUGGACUUCAUGUUCGGAAUUCAAAGAUGAUGAAUAUCAGAAUGUUGUCAUCUGCAAUAAUUGCUCCAGUGACGCCGUUUGUCAUGUCACUAAUCUAUGUAUGAAACGACAAAACCUCUCGGGUACACUUCCGCCAGAACUAGUGAGGUUGCCUUACCUUCAAGAAAUUGAUCUUACUUUCAACUACCUGAAUGGCACAAUUCCUAGUGAAUGGGGAUCCAUGAAUCUUCUCAACAUCUCUCUUGGAGGAAAUCGGUUAACAGGCCCAAUACCAAAAGAGAUAACAAACAUAUCCACUCUCCAAAGUUUUGUUGUGGAGUCCAAUCAAAUGUAUGGAGAUCUUCCCCUUGAGCUUGGGAAUCUGACACAGAUUCAAAGACUGUUACUUUCCUCCAACAAUUUUACAGGAGAGCUACCUGCAACACUUGCCAAGCUCACUAACUUGCAGGAUAUAAAUAUUAUAGGGAGUGGACUAAGUGGGCCAAUUCCUUCUGGUAUUUCAAAAUUGAGAAACUUAACUGACUUGAGAAUAAGUGAUUUGAAUGGAUCUGAAAUUUCAAGUUUUCCCGAACUUAAUACUAGGUCGAUGAAAUAUCUAAUUUUAAGGAGUUGCAACAUUCAUGGAAUACUAGAAGAUUAUCUCUCAACAAUGACAAUAUCACAAAUCUUAGAUCUCAGCUUUAACAAAUUGACUGGACCAAUUCCAUCUUCCUAUCAGGAGUUGACAAAAGUGAAUUACAUAUUUUUAACUGGAAACCUUCUCAAUGGAUCAGUGCCAUCAUGGACGAGUGAUGCUACCAGUUUAGAUCUUUCAUAUAAUAACUUCAACCAAGAUUAUCAGCAACAAUGUCAAUCUGGAAAAGUGAACUUAUUUGCUGCUACCUCUCCGACAAUUAACAAUUCAGGAAUUGUUUCAUGUUUGAGAAGCUCUGUCUCUGGUUGUUCUAAAGUUAACUCUAUCCAUAUAAAUUGUGGAGGAACAUCAUCAGUAAAAGUGAAGGGAAUCACAUAUGAUGAAGAUGGACGUGAUGGGACAGCAUUGUUCGACAGAGGUCAAAAUAGAAAUUGGGCAGUUAGCACCACCGGUGACUACACGGAUGUAGAAAAAGAGUAUUCUACUUUCUCAUUAAAUGACACUUCUGCCCUCUCUUCCAAUGAUGCUUAUGGCCAACUAUACAAAGAUGCACGUGUUUCUCCUAUUUCUCUAACUUACUAUGGAUUUUGUCUUCAUAAUGGAAACUACAAAGUCAAGCUCCAUUUUGCUGAGAUUAUGUUUACCAAUGAUCAAACCUAUAAAAGUCUUGGAAGGCGUCUAUUUCACAUCUACAUUCAGGGAAUGUUAGUGGAGAAGGAUUUCAAUAUUGCAAAAGAAGCAGGAGGUGUUGGUAAGGCAAUCAUAAAAACUUACACAGCAACUGUCACUAAUAAUACCAUUGAGAUUCGAUUUUAUUGGGCUGGAAAAGGGACAACUACAAUCCCACAGAAAUCAGUGUACGGUCCUCUUAUAUCAGCCAUAUCUGUGGAGAAUGAAAAUGGAGGUAGCAUAUCAACAAGGGCUGUGAUUGGAAUUGUUGCUGCAGUGGUCAUUAUCAUCAUCAUCUUAGUACUUAGUGUGCUUUGGUGGAAGGGCUACCUAGGAAACAGAAACUCUCCUUCAAGAGAGUUUAUGAGUUUAGAUAUACAAACAAGUUUAUUUUCCUUAAGACAAAUCAAAGCAGCAACAAAUAAUUUUGAUAUCACCAAUAAAAUUGGAGAAGGAGGAUUUGGUCCUGUGUACAAGGGAAAGUUACCUAAUGGUACAAUAAUUGCAGUGAAACAACUUUCUUCAAAAUCAAAGCAAGGAAAUCGUGAAUUCUUAAAUGAAAUAGGCGUAAUUUCUGCUUUACAACAUCCAUGUCUUGUUAAACUCUACGGAUGCUGUGUUGAAGGAGAUCAAUUAUUAUUGGUAUACGAAUACAUGGAAAACAAUAGUCUUGCUCGUGCAUUAUUUGGUCCAAAGGAACACCAAAUACAAUUGAAUUGGCCAACAAGACAGAACAUUUGUAUUGGUAUUGCUAGAGGCUUAGCAUACCUUCAUGAAGAAUCGAGAUUGAAGAUAGUUCAUAGAGAUAUUAAAGCCACAAAUGUCUUGCUUGAUAAAGAUCUUAAUCCAAAGAUAUCGGAUUUUGGUUUGGCCAAACUUGAUGAAGAAGACAAUACCCACAUUAGUACCCGAAUAGCAGGAACAUAUAGAUAUAUGGCUCCCGAAUAUGCAAUGCAUGGUUAUCUGACUGACAAAGCAGAUGUCUAUAGUUUUGGAAUUGUUGCUUUGGAAAUCAUUACUGGGAAGACUAAUACAACUAUGAGGCAAAAAGAAGAUGUAAUUUAUCUGCUUGAUCUGGCACGUUUAUUGAAAGAGAAAGGCAAUCUGAUGGAAUUAGUUGAUAGAAGAUUGGGCUCAAACUUUGAUGAAAAAGAAGCCAUGGUAAUGAUUAAGGUGGCUUUAUUAUGCACUAAUGUGUCUCCAGCACAUAGACCAAACAUGUCUUCAGUGGUAAGCAUGUUAGAAGGUAAAAUUAUAGUUCAGGAACCAACUUUUGAUGAGCAAAGUGAGGCGUUGGAUGAGAAGAAAUUGGAGGCAAUGAGAUUGUAUUGUUUUGAAGACCAAAGUAUCUCAAUGGAGGAUCCAUGGACUACUGCAUCUACUUCUACAAAAGAUUUGUAUCCAUUACAUUUGGACUCUUCUUACUUAGAAAAGAGAAAUCAUUAGAGUUGUUAAAUUUUUAGUAGAAAAAAUUGCAGUUAGUACCAAUAUCAUUCAGUAUGUUAAGUUGGUAUCCAAAGCUUUCUUUGGUAAACUAUUGAAUAAGGUCGGAUAUUUGUGGUAGUAAUAAAGUCUAUGACUAAGCAUUUUUUAGCCAUGUUUAAUUAAGGGUGAUUUCUCCAGAAUCUAUUAGAAUUGUAAGGGUUAUU